AUGUCUGUUAGGAAUCACACUGUGGUAUCUGAGUUUAUCUUCCAGGGAUUCACUAGCUUUCUGAACCAGCAAGUCACACUCUUUGUGGUGUUUCUGGUGAUCUAUGUGAUCACCCUGGUGGGGAAUCUGGGGAUCAUUGUUUUAAUCAAGAUUGAUCCCCAGCUUCAUACUCCCAUGUACUUUUUCCUUGGUAACUUGUCAUUUGUAGAUUUCUGCUAUUCAACAUCUAUCACUCCAAAAACCUUGAGGGACAUACUGCUAAAAAAGAAAGCUAUCUCUUUCACUGGAUGUUUUGUGCAGAUGUACGUCUUUAUUGCUAUGGCAACUACUGAGUGCAUCCUCUUUGUGUUAAUGGCCUAUGACCGUUAUGUGGCCAUCUGUAUUCCCUUACUCUAUACAACCUUCAUGUCUCACAGAAAGUGCAUCAAAAUGUCAGUUGGGGCAUAUGCAGCAGGUUUCUUGAACUCAAUGAUACAUACCAUUUUUACAUCCAGUUUAUCUUUCUGCCACUCCAAUGUCAUUAAUCACUUCUUCUGUGAAAGCCUCCCUCUCCUCAAGCUCUCUUGUUCUGACACUAGUUUGAAUGAGAUUAUUAUUUUCCUUUGUGCUGGGUUGAAUAUGGUGGGAACACUCCUUAUUAUUCUGAGCUCUUACUCUUAUAUCCUCUCCACCAUUCUGAGGAUCCACUCCACCAAGGGCAGGAACAAAGCCUUCUCAACCUGUGCUUCCCACCUGGUGGCUGUCAUUAUAUUCUAUGGCACUAUGAUCUUCAUAUAUUUACGACCCAGUUCCAGAUAUUCCCAUGAUCAAGACCGGGUAGCCUCAGUCUUCUACACAAUGGUGAUCCCCAUGCUGAACCCCUUGAUUUAUAGCCUGAGGAACAAGGUGGUGAAGGAGGCCCUGAGGAGAGUGCUGAGGAGGAAAAUAAGUUUUCAGGUACUAUGA